AUGUCUGAAAAGAAGCGCAAGGCGCAGGCGGACCUCAAUAGUCAACCGAAGCGAAGGAGUCCACCCCUCGCUGCAACAAAACCAAAGAUCAGAGUCAGAUACCACGAAAACACUGAUCUCGGGAGAUGUAUUAUUGCAAGUUCUCCAGGCACAUCGUUAUCUACAGACCUUGAGUUCAAGCCUUACGAAAGAAAAACUCAAGACGUAUCAGAGCUACUCCUUCAUUCCUCCAAUCAUCCCACGAUCGACUUCACAGCUACCGAAGGCGGUACAUUUGCCGACAACCACCUGAAGCACUAUGUCGCAGUCUUUGACCCUAUUCGGGGCCAGCUUGAUAUUACGGAGGCGAAGAAGAUGACAGUAAGGAGGACAAUCCGGCAAGCUGGGGCCGUAGAAGAAGACGAAGCACCCGUCGAGCCAACCUCGAGUUAUUCCUCCAGAAGCGUCUUGACGCACACCUUUGGCACCAAAAAAUCAAAGAAACUGGUGCAAUCUCGAGCGGAGAAUGUCCUCUACUCCCGGGAUGCAGAUCCAAAUGCUGUAAAUCCUCUCUCAGAGGCAUUACUCUCUUCCAUGCCCGAACCAGAAGCUCUGCCCACGACAUCUGACGGAAGAACAAUCGACGCAGCAGCUGCAAUCCAAGCCGGCAAACCCUUGCCAAAACCAGAUCUGACCGCAACCGAUGUAUCUCAAGCUUAUCCACUCUCGAAUCUCGUCUUCCCGUCUCCCUACAAUUCCACCCUUGCAGCAAUGCCCAUCUCCGAAUGGCGCAAGCUCAUCUCAGAAGGCAAAAGAGUCAGCUGCUCAUCCCGCUUCGUCGCCGAACGCGUCGCAUACAUAACCCAAGCAGCCAACACCCACCCGUCCCCUGAAACCCCACAAACCAUCACCCUCCAGCUCCUCCGCUACAUACACCUGCUCAUCGAAUUCUCCCGCGCCAUCAGCAAAUUCCGACCCGACAAACACAUCACUGCGAUCACGAAAUGGUCAACCGGGAAGAUAACCGACCAACCCAGCUUCCCCACCCCCUUGCUCAACGCCCUGACCACAAAGUACUGCCCCGGUGGCAAGGGCCCGACCAAAUCCGACCUCAUCCUCCUGCACACCACGAUCCUAGCUCUGACGCUCCACAUCCCUCCGCCGAGCGGCACGCACGGUCUCAAUGUCCUCGCCACCGAUCCGACAGACAUCCAACAAGAUCUCCUUCUUUCCCCUCAUGAUGCACGGAAAUACUUUCGCGAGCUGGGCUGUAAAUUGAACACGGGGACGGAGACGGAGUUGAGCACGUGGGGGAUAAGGAAGCCGAGUGAGAAAGCAGGGGUCAAGACCCAGUAUGCCAAAUUGAGGUUGCCGUUGGUAUUUCCUCAGGUGAGUAAGGGGCCGCCUUCGGGAAGGAGGUAG